AAGUGAGUUGCGAGGUUACUUAUAUACUCCCUCCUUUCCGGUUUAUUGGGCUCAUCUCAUUUUCUUGGGUUUUCCAUAUUAUAAAUCUUAUUUUUUACUUCUUUCCACCACAUGUUCACAUUCUAAGGUGGAUUAAAUUGAUGCAUGCAAGGAUUAAAAGAAACCAACCACUGCAUGUAACCAAUCCUAGUCAUUUAGGGGUCAUCCAUGCAUACACUGUAAUUAAUGUAGAUUAAAGUUUGAGUAAUUUUUUAAACUACGAGAUACAUUCCUUCACUCAUCAUUUACCUUGGUUGAUGAGAUUUUAGAUUUAAGCUAACCGGAAAGAAGGGAGUAGCUCUGAUGGUCUCGUGUACAACCAAUAAAUGGGCCGUCGGAAUAGUCGUGCCUUACGUAAAGCGCGAGCACACGCACGCACCCGGUCGAGUGCUGAUUUGAUGAUUCCAGCGCCGGACGACCGCGUGCACUUGUGAUGUUGUGCGAGCGAGGCUUGAGAUGCAUGACUCGUGCGUUGCCAUGAGAAGUGUCUCACAAGUUGAAGAAAAGAAAAGUGUUCCACACGCGUGCUACACCGUUUUCUUCAUGCUCAUGCACCGAAGCUUCCUAGUAGCACGGAUCAAUCACUCAAUCAAUCAAUCGAUGCCCAAGCGUUAACUACGCUGGUUCAUUUUUUCAACUGUGAAAAUGAUUUUCGUGAAAAGGGAGCGCUGGUUAUUGCUAGUAUAAUGCAGUGGCAUCCGAGGGAGUUCUCACACGACGCUCGCUCACCAUGUCAAUCCUACAGGCUGAGAUGGAAUACUCUCGCUAGCUUUUGCCAAACUUUUUUUCCUUUGCGGGAAAGAUUUUGCCAUACUUUGAACCCUACUAGUAACAGUAUUAAAGCUAUGAACGUUUCAAAUGAGAAUACGAUUUGCAGCUACUCUUCUUUCCUAAAAUAUAUAGUAUGACAUUUUGGUUGUUGUCAGCAGCAGAAACGACCAUGGAUGUAAAGCCAUGAACACAAGACAAAGAUGCAUGUGAGAGAGGAAAAACAUACUGAUGUAGGGGUGGAACCCUAUACGGCCGAUCUUUCACGAAAGGAGCGAGCAUACCAUACGCCGUCACCGUAGCAAACAGGGGUCCCAAUCUAGACGAACCGUUCUUCGCCCCACCAGUCCACCACAAUAACAGCACCGAUCAAGACACUAUGAGCAGCCGUCGCGGUCGACAGGUCCCCUGGAUCGUACUACCAAACGAAAGCACAGCAGCAGCAAGUGAUCUGCAAAACCCUUGAACCGGUUCAAGUCUCCACCCGCACCCGGCGCGCGUCGCUCUCCUCGCAAACGCCCCCGAAACCGCCAACUCACGGUUGCCCCGGCCCAGGCUCUUCUUCGGUCGCACGGGCGGAACCCGCAGGCAUCGCAUCGCGGCAGAUCGGCCCGCGUCGUUGGUACUUUCCGAACGAACGGAAACGGUCUCAUCUCGCUCGUGGGCACGCACGCGUCUACUCACUGAGAGCGUUUGAAUGCACGUCGGCCUCGCCGCGACAACGCCUUCGCCACAAAGCAAACCAUCUCCAUCUCCACAAGCAACCUCCUUCCUGGCCGUCGGAUCCUUCCCGCGUCCGAAUUAAUUAUCUUUCUCCUUCCGACUCACACCUCCCCGCCACCCCGCGCGCGCAUGGCACGGGGGUAUAAAACACCGACGCAAAACCGCCUCAUCAGUCAUCACAACGAACCUCGCACCCUCCGCUCCGGCCAUCCUCCAAACCGUCAGCACUCAGGGCCACCGGAGCUUCGCUCGCCGACCGACUCGACUCGGCCGGCGAUGGGGAGGACGCUGGACGUGCUGCUGGGCCGCACAACGAAGCAGACGGCGCGGCUCAAGUCCCUCCUGCACCUCGCCACGAAGCGGAUCGCGGUGGUGCGCGCGCACCGGGAGGUGCGGUGCGCGCAGGCGCGGGGGGACGUGGAGCAGCUGCUGCGGCAGGGCCACCCGGACCGGGCCCUCCUCCGCGCCGAGCAGGUGAUCCGGGAGCGGGGCACGCUCGACGCCCUCCUCCUGCUCGACGCCUACUGCGCGCUCCUCGCCGACCGCUCCGCCCUGCUCGACGACGCGCACCGGGACUGCCCCGAGGAGCUGCGGGAGGCCGCGGCGGGGCUCUGCUACGCGGCCGCGCGGUGCGGGGACCUCCCCGAGCUGCAGGAGGCCCGCGCCCUCCUCGCCGCCAGGUUCGGCCGGGGCUUCGCGUCCGGCGCCGCCGAGCUGCGCGCCGGCUGCGGCGUCAACGCCAAGCUCGUGCAGCGGCUGUCCACCGCGCUGCCCAGCCUCGAGAGCCGCCAGAUGGUGCUCCUCGAGAUCGGCGCCGACAAGGACAUCCCCGUGCGCCUUCACAGCGACGCCGCCGACUCAUACGAGGAUCCGGCCGGCCGCUCCCACCAUGGCCAUGGCCACAGGAAGAAGAGGCACGACGACGACGACGAGCGGCGGCACGCGACGCCGCGGGCCGACGACGACAACGCUGACUCGCCGCGGACAUUCAAAGACGUGGAAGAGGCGGCGCAGGCCGCGUUCGAAUCGGCUGCCACGGCGGCGGCCGCCGCCAAGGCUGCCAUAGAGCUCUCGCGAGCCGGGCCCGGGAGCCCCGACGACAGGUACAGGAGGAACCCAGGAAGGGCGCAUGCCGACGACGAGACGCUCCACGGCGGCGAUCAUCUGGCCCAUGGCAAGGCCUUCGAGAGGAUUGGACAUGUUCGGAACUACAGCUCAGACGCAGAGGAUCUCCCGGAGAAGAAACACGGAGAAGAGCAGGAUACGCCCAGGAGCUAGUCCGGUUGAGGCAUGCAUGCUUGUGCGGCUGAAGCAGAUAUAUAUGCAUGGAGUAGCAUGCAGUACGUGAAGAAAGGAUGAUCUAUCGAUUUGUGUGCGUGCAUCAAGAACUCAAGAUCGUCCA